AUGGCGAACACCAUGCGGUCGCCCGACGCCCACGCCCACGCCCACCGCGGCAACGACGACCACAACGAUAACGACUACGAACACCCUUCACCACCAUUGACACCUACCACCGCCAUGGCUACACCAGCUCAGUCGGGCAUUCACCUCGCACCGAACCCCAACAUCUCGUACGAACACAUGCUCGAAGGCGAGGUGCCCAACAUGCUCGCCGAUCGGGUCCUCGCCCUUCACGCCAGGCUACCCACGCCCAACAUCUCCGCGCCCCGCCACGAGGGCUCUGGCAAUGCCUCCCACGAUGGAACACUCCACCCUCGCGAUCGUUGGUUCAAUCGUCUCACCCGAUCCCUGUCCAGCAACCGCGGAGAUGGUGACGACGACGACGACGACGAUCCGAGGAGCAGCAGCACCACCAAGCUCGACUCGGAGAGGGAGCACUUGCUCGGCGAUGGCGACCUCGGAGACGGUGAUCAUUUCGUCCAACGCGAAGAUGCGGACGACGCAGAAGCGUCCUCGACAGAUUGCAUGCGCAAACGGCCGACCCUCGAGAGAUCGAGCUCGACAUCCCAUCGAUUGCGAUGGUAUCAGCGACCGAGCCCCUGGUUCUUCAUCCCCGGCACGCUCAUUAUGGCUUUAUCGCUCGGCAUGACCAUUUCGCCCAAACUCGAGAUCUACUACCAACUUGUGUGUCGCAACAUUGAGCCAAAGAGGAGCGGCGUUACCCUCCCCCCACCCCUUAUCGAGCUCGGACAGCGUACCGCUCGGAACGGACUGGCAUCGUCAGCCAAACUCGACGAUGAUCAAUCCCUUGUUCACCGCUUCGUCGAGAGGGCCAUGGGGCCACAGCACUUUGAGUUUAGCUCGAGCGCGACAAGUGGAGACUCGUGGUCUAAGCAAUGCCACCAGAGUGUCCCCGUUCAGCAAGGCGUCACCUCACUGGUUAGUCAAGCAUUUCUCCCGAUUGAAGCUGCUUCUUCCCACCCGGCCUCUGAUACGCUCGACAACCUGAUAUGACACAGGCUACAACGCUUACAUUUCUUAUGGGUGUGCUGUCGGCUUUGACAACGGGCUACUACGGGUCGCUCUCGGACCGACGAGGUCGAAAACCUAUCCUCGUGCUCGCCAUGUUUGGCACGAUCGUGAUGGACACCGUCUUGCUCGUCACCGUUCAGUACCACCACAUCGUCGGCUACCGAUUCCUCUUUAUCGGCCCCAUCGUCGAUGGUCUUUUAGGCGGAGCUACGACUGCCCAGGCGACUUCGAACGCCUACCUGGCCGAUUGCACUGACGCCGGAUCUCGAGCGCGCAUCUUCGCCGUGUUGGGCGGCGUCAUCUUUUCCGGCAUUGCGAUUGGCCCCACCUUGGGUUCGAUCCUCGUUCGACAGAGUGGAUCGAUCCUCUUGCCCUUCUACGUUGCUUUGACCAUGCAUCUCCUCUAUACCUCGGUGAUGAUGUUUAUCAUGCCCGAAUCGCUCACCAAGACGAGGCAGUACGCAGCAAGGGAACGUCACGCCGCGGAGCGUGCCGCCCGUCACGCAGCCGAGGAUGAGGAGGCCCGCAAGGCCAAGGUCAACGGAGUAGCGAUGGUCGUGCUUUUCAAAGUCAAGAAUAUCGCGCGACGACCAUGGAAGUUCCUCAAGCCGCUCGUGUUAAUCCUACCUCGCAAGCGACAAGCGAACGAGAAGGAUGAGGAUCGACCCAUGCUCGAUGCGAUGGGUCCUGUCAAAGCGGGAUGGGACUUUUCUAUGCUCAAGAUUGUAAUUGCCAUGUCGUGCUUCAGCAUUGGAAUGGCCGUCUACCAAGUUAAGCUUCGUGAGUUUGGUGUCCUGCACCCUACCUCGCGAUCUGCACCGAGGAUAGGAGCUCAUUUGUCGAUUCACGCGGGCAGUGUACACCUCGUAUCGAUUCGGUUGGGGAGCCGAAGAGAACGGUCUCUAUCUCAGCUUUAUAGGUGUCUGCAGGGUCAUCGGCCUCAUCAUCGUCCUGCCCAUCUUCAUCCGCUUGGUUCGUCGACCAGCGCCUCUACCGCCGCGCGCGCGACCGGAAGGCGAGCUCGACACGGCUGGACCUACAACACUGACGAAGGAGCAAAAGCUCUGGGACCGGGAAGCGUCAUGGUUGCGCACGCUCCAUGACUCGCACUUUGAUCUCUUCCUCGCCAAACUAUCGCUGCUCGUCGACCUCGUCGGCUACGUGCUGCUGGCUCUCAACGGAGGGUCACCUGUGCGUUUCUUGAUCGGUACGGGAUUCUCCGCCUUUGGUGGAGGUGCCAAUGCAGCCGUCCAAUCCCUUGCACUCGCGCACACAUCUCCGAGGGAUUCAGGGCGACUUUUCGCUGGAUUGUCGGUCCUGUCCUCCGUCAAUGGUUUGAUCCUCGGCCCCUUGUUGUUCGGCGCGGUCUUCAUCGCCACCGUCGAAAAGAUGCCCGAAACGUUCCUUUGGGUCCUCGUAGGGCUCAUCACGACUGGAUUGGCGACGCUCAUGACCGUUCGGUUGCGCAAGAGGGUCGAUUCGUUGCAGGAGUUGCUGGAUGCUGAGGGGGUAACGGGAUCGUGA